UAUCCUGGCCAAGUGGGCUAUGUGAUUGCGGGAAUUAAACAUGCCUCACAUGCCCUUAUUGGUGAUGCGUUCACCUGCCAUUCCGAUUCAGAGACCAACGUACGCCUGGAGGACAAGAUUAUCGGCAAUGAAACUCGGUCCCGAGAUGCUAGUUUGCCCGUCAGGCUUGAUCCCAUUAAGUCCCUUGUAUGCAAAGCCUCUGUCAUCUAACCUCUGGUCUUCUUUCAGUUUCAUAUUUUUUUCUCAUGCUAUUCAUUAA